AUGCCACCAAAAGGUUGGAGAAAAGACGCCCAAGGGAAUUACCCCACUACUUCGUAUAUUAAAGAACAAGAGAACAUUACGAUUCAGGACCUGUUAUUUCCUAAAAGCACUAUUGUGAAUUUGGCACGCGAAGUGCCACAGCAAAGCGGCAAAAAGCUGCUGAUAAAUAAAGACGCAUCACUAGCGUUACAGCGUGGUGCUACAGUAUUUGUUAACCACUUGCUCCUGUUUGCAAGGGAAAUUGCAAAGAGUCAAGAUAAAAAAAGCUGCAGUGUAGAUGAUGUUCUGAGUGCUUUGGACCAUAUAGGACACUCGGCAUUGAAGGGUCCGGUUAGAGAUAAACUAGAUGAAUACCAAGCUGCUGUUGAACAGAGGAAGAAGGAAAAACUAGAUAGUGGUGAAGUAGAUGCUGAUGGCGAUAUAGAUAUGGGUGAAGAUAAGGAGAAUGUGCCCGUGGAAAAGGUUAAAGAGCAUGACGAAAUAGAAGAACAAGGCGAUGCAUUACAGGACGUAGAAGAGUCCUCCGAAAAGAAACAGAAAACGGAGAGCCAAGAUGUAGAAACUAGAGUUCAAAACCUUGAGCAAACGUAA